AUGUCUAUCCCAGUCAUCGUCAAGCAUCAGGGCAAGAAGUACGAAGUUGACCUUGACCCUACAUCACUCGGUGAAACGUUCAAGUACCAACUAUUCUCCCUCACUGGUGUUGAACCAGAGCGGCAAAAAAUUCUCGUGAAGGGAGGACAACUCAAGGAUGAUACGGACCUCUCAAAACUCGGCGCGAAGCCGGGCCAGACGUUCAUGAUGAUGGGCACACCCCUUGGUGCAGGUGUUCUCCAGCGACCCAAGGAGGCGAUCAAGUUCGUGGAGGAUAUGACUGAAGCUGAGGCCGCUCAACAAGUUGGUGCCACGCCUGCUGGUCUACAAAAUCUGGGGAACACUUGCUAUAUGAACUCGGCUUUGCAGACGUUGCGAGCGAUUCCCGAGCUGCAACAACAAUUGGCCAGUUAUACCGCUGCUCCCACUCCUGGUAGCGCGGGCCCAUCUGGCUUAGGGGAUCUCGGUAUGUUCGGACUGGGUGGCUUAGGAGCCUCGGCGGAUCUUACAGCAGCUCUUCGGGACCUGUAUACACAGAUGGGAAAAACUCAAGACGGAUUCCCGCCAUUGGCCUUCCUCAACGCCCUACGUACCGCAUUUCCCCGUUUCGCUGAGAAGGCUAAGAAUGGCCAUGGCUUUGCCCAACAAGAUGCUGAAGAAGCUUGGUCGGAGAUAGUUUCGCAACUGCGUCAGAAGCUGAUGAUCAAGGAUGGAUCAAAGGAAACUACAUUUGUCGAUAAGUACAUGGCUGGAAGAUUUUCAUCCAUUACUGAAUGUGAUGAGCAGGCCGCGAAGGAUCUCGGAGAGGAACCGGUGAAUGCUGAAGUCGCAUUUCUGAAGCUCGAUUGCCAUAUCAGUGGAACAACAAACCAUUUGAGAGACGGCAUCUUGGCUGGUCUGGAAGAGAAGCUGGAGAAGAAUUCGGAACUUCUCGGCAGAAAUGCCGUGUAUACCAAAAAGUCCAAGAUCGCGCGUCUGCCAAAGUAUCUGACGGUACAUUUCGUUCGAUUCUUCUGGAAGCGCGAGGCUCAAAAGAAAGCAAAGAUCAUGCGCAAGGUAACCUUCCCGGACGAGCUGGAUGUUGUGGAAUUUUGCACAGAUGAGCUCAAGAAGAUGCUGGUUCCAGUCCGAGACAAGGUCCGUGAGGUACGUAAGGACGAGGAGGAUAUUGAGAGAGCUCGUAAACGCCAAAAGAAGAUACACGAUAAGGCGGUUGCCGACGAGGCUGCAGGCAUCGUUGACUCGGCAUCGGAAUCUAAGAAAGCCGACGAAAAGAAGACGGGAGAUGCCAAGAAGGACAGCAAGGCUGCGUCUGGUGAAGACACUGUCAUGGAAGAUGUCGUCUACAAGACCGACGCCGAAAUCGAUGCCGAGAAAGCUGCCGCUGUCCUCGAGGCCAAAAAGGAGCUCCAUGCUAUGAUCCAUCCUGACCUGCUUGCAGAUGAUGGGUCCAAUACGUCAGGACUCUAUGAGCUUCGUGGAAUAGUCACUCACCAGGGUGCUAGUGCAGACAGUGGUCAUUAUACUGCCUAUGUCAAAAAGCAAGGUCCGCUUGAUCCCAAGACCGGAAAAAGAGGCGAGGAAGAUGGAAAUUGGUGGUGGUUCAACGAUGACAAGGUCUCGGAAGUUGAGGCGGACAAGAUUGUCACCCUCUCUGGUGGCGGAGAGUCUCACUCUGCUUUGAUCUUGCUCUACAAGGCCAUCCCCUUACCAUCAGCCGAGGGCACCGCGGAAUAA